AUGCUCUUCCGGUGCUUCAGGGACUCGUCGAACCGUGUCGGCUCGGAUGACGACGCCCCGGCGCCCGGCUCGCCGAACAAGCCGAUGAACUCGAGCAGGGUGGUCACGCUCGUGGUGUCCGGGAAGUCGGCCCCCCAGCCGAGAGGGGAGCGGCCCACAGCUGGGACUGGCGACUCCUCUUCCUCAGGGCCCCGGGCACGGAGCUCGCGCAGGCGAACGAGACGCACGAGCGCCCCCGAGGACGCAACCGACGCCGCGGACGAUCGCCGGCCGCCUCCGCGUCGGACGCUGCCUGGCGGUCGCAGGGUCGCCGCGGGAGGGCAGGACCCCACCGCGUUGCAUAGCCGACCGCAGGUGCUGCGCGAGGAGGCGUGGCGGCACACCUCGGAUCCGGGAGCCCGUCAGGGCCGCUCCACGCAGGGCGGCUGGGGUGCUGACACCGAGGCCGCGAAGGACAGCGCGCCCAGCAAGGCCGCGCACCGGACCAGCAACAAGAACAAGAACAAGAACGCGGCGGCGGUGCAGGAGGUCGCGGCGGGGUACAGGCAGCGGCUCGGCGUCGUGGUCUGGCCCGACCACCAGGACAAGGCCCUGCAGGAGCCGACGGACGUGCUGUGGUACGUGUUCGGCCUGUCGUGUCCGCCGCGGUUUGCCGAGUACGGUCUCUCCUCGCAGCGCUUCCAGCCCAUCAAGCAGAUCGGCAGGGGCAGCAAGUCCGUCGUGUACCGCGCCGUCGACAUCUCCACGGGCAUCGAGUGCGUCGUCAAGGUCUACCGCCCCGCCAUCUUGACUCAGGACGAGCUGGACUGCGUCGGACACGAGGCCGAAAUCCACGCGAUGCUGCCUGCCAGCGACUCGAUCGUGCCGCUCUACGCCGCCUUCCAGGACCACCAGGCGUGCUUCUUCGUCAUGGCCGUCGGGGCGAGCGACCUGGUGGCGGCGCGGCGCAGUCUCCUGCAGCUGGGCGAGCCCGCCAUCGUGCACAACGUCGUGCGGCCGCUCCUCGAGGCGCUCAAGACGUGCCACGAGAACGACAUCCUGCACCGCGACAUCAAGCCCGAGAACGUGCUGAUGGUGGACGGCAAGGCCCGCCUGUGCGACUUUGGCUUUGCUGUUGACACCAAGGUCAAGCGCCCGGUGACGCGCCUGGGGACGUUCGAGUUCAUGUCGCCCGAGGUCAUGGCCGCCGGGAUACAGGAGGACGGGGGCGUCAUCCCGAAGAUUCUGCGGCCGGCGUACGGCCACGGAGCGGACGUUUGGUCGCUGGGGAUGACCCUCGUCGACACACUGACGCUCGGCCGCUGCGUGCCGGUGAGGCGCGUCGACGACGACGGCAAGAUCCAGCUGCGUGCGCCCCAGAACGACGAGCCCAUCUGGCUGUCGCAGCAAGCCGUGGACUUCCUGGACAAGUGCCUCGAGCAGGAGGCCUCGGACCGCCCCUCCGCGGCGGAGCUGCUGCAGCACCCCUGGAUCUUGCAGCCCGAACAGGACACCUCGUGCUACAUCCCGAUCACGCACCUGCCGACGCGCAGCGACUUGCGGCCGUGCUCGGUGCACGGAAAGAGCAUCGGCAACCAGGCCGUGUACGGCGGCUCCAGCUCGACCACCGCUCGGGCUGGCUGCAGCGGCGUGACUCAGAGUUACGGGUCCAGGAAGGACGUGCGUAGCCCUGUCGACGCCCCCCCCGUGAUGCGCGCGUGA